CUCUCUCUUGUUUCCACCAAAGACUUUGGAAUUGUCAUUUUCACUUCUGUUAAUCACUGUUUCAUCUGUCUCUCUUAUAAUCCUUGGCUCUAAAGCAACAAUAAUGGCGUACUAGUACAGUAAAAGAGCACCCCCAAGGCCCAAGCAAAAUCUCCUCUACCCUCCGUUGGUUGCUACUAAUUCUUCCUAACCCUCAUUGCCUUUCCUUCCAUUCAACCACAAAAAAAGGCAUCAUUUUUCCCCUGUAAAGAAAAUCUGCUGUACUGGAAAAUGGGAAAUUGCUCUGGAACCCAGAAGAAAUCAACCGCAGAAAUCAUCCCAUCUGAGCUGUUUAGUAAAGGAGGAGCCCAGACCCAGAAGAAAUCCACCCUUGAAAGUAUCCCAAUCCCUUUCCCAUCUGAGCUGGUCAGUAAGACCCCCCCAGUCGUCAAGCUGUACGGACCACCCAACAGCACCGCCACAUUUUACAUAAGAUUUGCCAUUCUCUACAAGCCCGUGUCAUUGCAGUACACUCCCUCUGAAAUAGUCGAGUCCCCGGUUUUGUACUGCGACUCCGACGUUGUAUCGGGGUCGGCGGAGGAGAUAUUUCGGUACUUGGACGGGAAGUUCCCGGAGCCGGCAUUGUUGGUGGGGAGAGAUGGGAAGCAUGUGAAUUCUUUCGGGUGGUUCGAUAAGACGACGCCGUUGGUGGUGUGGGUGGUGAAUCUGCAGCACAGGAGUAUGAUGUGGCACUUGGAGAGGAUGGUGAGGUGGGCGGAGGACUUGGCGGCGCGCGGUGGCCGGACCAAAGGGGACGCGGCGAUGGGGAGUCCGAGGAUGGAGAUGAACAAGUUUGGGAGGAAUUAUGGGCAGUUGAUGGAGGUGAUGCUGGAGCAUGCUCGGAUGGAGGAGAGAGUUGUCUUUCCCAUAUUGGAUAAAGCUGAUCGAGGAUUGUCCAAAGCUGCGAAUGAAGAACAUGCAAGGGACCUGCCUAUAAUGAAUGGCAUGAAAGAAGAUAUCAAGUCUAUUGGUGUUCUGGAUUUGGGAAGCCCUGUCUACCAAGAGGCCCUCUUCAACCUUGCUAACCGGUUCAAGAUGUUAAAGAAUAACUGCCAGCAACAUUUUGAGGAGGAGGAGAGGGAGUUACUACCAUAUAUGGAAGCAGCAGACAUAGGAAAAGUGCAGCAGGGAAAAUUGCUGGAACAGUGUCUGGAUGCUAUGCGUGAGACGCACACUCAUCAGUUUCGCUUUUUCUUGGAAGGACUUCUACCACAGGAUGCUAUCCAUUACCUGGACAUGAUAAUCAAGUCCAGUGAUAACAAUCGAGUAUCGUUAAUGCUCCACAUGAUUGUUGAGUAAAGGUUGGUUCUUUGUUUGAACCAAAGAUGAUGCCCAAUCCAAUUGCUCGGGUGGUUGAAGGCAGCCUCAUACUAUGGAAAAGUAGCCAGCAUCUACCCUCUCUGGCUUUCUGCUUUUUAACCAGAGCAAAGUGUUCUCCUCCUAUCUAGUUUGAUCUGCUUUACACAUGUGGCCUGCCCUUUCCAAGUUUGUAUGAUUAGUAGUGGGCAAAAUUAGAUAUCAGAAGUGUAAGUUUUGUAACCAGCUUAGACCACAAUGCAAGGAAAUGUAUAUUAUGGCUGUUUUUCGUGCUUGC